AUGACAGGUGUAUGGGUGUCUAUUGUGAAAUGUAUUUUGAAAGUCAAAGUUGCGGGAACUAAUUUGGUUUCUUUGUUUAAAAGGGAGGUGGGAAAUGGAAUGGACAUUCGAUUAUGGUUAGACCCAUGGGCAUGUAAUGAUACGUUGAAGGAGAGGUUUCCUAUUUUGUUUCAAAAAGAUAAAGAUAAAAAGGUUUGUGUUGCUGAUGGAUUUUGCUGGGAGUCCAAUAAAUUAUUGGGUGGCGACAUCAACUUUGCUCCUUGGCUAAGGGAUGACACAAAUGGAGAAGGUACUUCACUGCUUCAAUUAUUAGACGGGAAGCAACUAAGUGGGACUAACGAUAGAUGGAUUUGGAGCAGAAGCAAGGAUUCGACUUUCUCGGUCAAGUUGGUUAAGGAAUGGCUGAAUUGCGACAAAGACUAUAGUAAUAGACAAGUUUUUAAAUGGUGUAAGUGGGUCCCAAGGAAGUGUAAUAUCUUUAUGUGGCGUGUUGGGUUGGACAGGAUUCCGACACUCGCUGCUCUCAAUACUAGAAACUGUCGGUUCGGUUCACUGUUAUGUGGAAUGUGCGACCAACAUGAAGAAUCAGUUGGUCAUUUACUGCUUGAAUGCGAAGUGGCUAUGGAAUUUUGGCAAAAGAUUGGAGAUUGGUGUAAGGUGUCGCCUCUGUUCUUCUUCUCGACUACUAAUUUGUUCAAAGCUCACAACGUUGAGGGACUUGGGAUUAAGGAGAAAAGUGUGUUGAAGGGGAUCGUUUUUAUCACUUGUUGGUGCAUUUGGAAAGCUCGCAACGACUUACGGUUUGCCAAUAUCACUAUAAAUGUUGACAGGAUUUUUAAUGACAUUAGAUCAAUUGGUUUUUUAUGGUAUAGGAAUAGAGGUAAACACCGAUCAAUUAUGUGGAACGAUUGGUGUGGUUUUAAUUUGAGGUAA